UUCCAAAUUAUAUGCAUGCACUUUAAUACUUUCGUUACUUACAAGAAUAGUUGUCACAGUUUCUAUAGAAACUGUAACCUCAAUAACCCCGCCUGCAGUGACGACUACGUUUCGUUGAAACGUCUGGAAACUCAUUUCUCGGAAACUACAAUAGGCGUUUGCUAAGGCUUACCAGAAAGCAUUUUGCCGCGUAGUCUAUGCUGAUUUGGGAAUAACUUGAUAGCAGUUUGGUUUCUCGAUGGCUAUUGUUACAAUUCCAAGCCUGGCUCCCUACACGGAUAGCUGCAAGCUGCAUAAUUCCUACGAUGCGCAAAGCUGUGUACUGGCUGCAGUCUGCAUUCUGGUGGGAACUGUCCUUUGUUUCUUUGGUGAGAUAAUCGUUAGUUGUGUUAGAUGAUCUGUGGCACAGAUGCAAGGCGUCCAACAUUUUGUUUUACUCUUUUGUAUCGCCGGUUCAGUUUCAGUUCAGGUCUCCUGUUUCUCAGUUGAUCUUGCAUUAUAUUUUGGGCUAUUGACGUCCUAUUCAUGAAGUAAUAGUGGCUCAUCCACUAGUUUGUGUCUUGUUUGGCUUUAACAUUUGGAUGUGUGUCCUUUUCGGCUCGAUUGGGCUUGAACAUUUGCAAAGGCUUAAUCAGGGAAAAUCAAUAUUAAGCCGUCACUCAGUUGUACCCGAACGGAUUUGAUGUGUGCUUUUGAUCGAGUUUAAUUUUCAGUUUUUGUUCUCGGAUAUACGAACUUGAAUGUCUGAUGAGUCUCAACCCGGCUGCCCAUUAUUGGAGUAUAAACCGCCAUCCUGAAUGACUUAAAAAAUAAUGGCCUUUUCUCUAAAUCUGUAGUGUGGAAUCUAAUUUGAUCUUUAGAAUGACAUUUAUUUGUGAGUCUUCCAGAAAAUUUGUUAAUUUACUAGUUCCCUCUCGCGCUUACCAUGACGUGUAUGCAGAUACGUUUCUACUUGAUACAUCAUCAGACUUCCACUUUACAGUUUAUUUUGGGUGGAUUCACUCAAACGUGUAUAGCCGUCGCCUUUACCUGAUAGAAUUUUUAUUGUUUUUAAGCUUAAAAACAGUGAAAAAAUCCAAGAGGUAAAUGCGGUGGUUACACGCUUAUGUUGCAAAUGAAUCGAUUCCUUGUUUUAAGCCACUGAAGCGUACGAUGAAAUAUUUGUGAAGGAUUAAGCUGUAUUGAUGAUCGUUCGGUAACAUAACGAUACAAGACCAGAUGUAUUGGUUUAAUGGGUAUAGAGUCCCGUUUAUUUUUGGCCAGCAACUCAAACAUUGUUUGAUGUUACAUGACACGUUAGGAGUUGCUGCGUCCGUUUACACCAAGAGAGGAAAAAGGGGACAGAGAAGGCAUUCCCCAUACACACCCUAUUCCAUAGGUAAUUCGUCUCGAGUUAUUUUUAGAAUCGGGAUAAAGUUACCUCACGCGCUGCGUGGAUGUUUCGUGGAGGUUUCGCAUGACUAAACGCCGUGCAAAACGUGUCGGGCGAAAGGCAAUGAAAGCGUAAAGAGAUCGAGAGCAUUUCUGAAUAUUUAAGCGAAAUAAGGCAGCGCUCACCUGGGAAAAGGGAAUCGCUGGACUCCUUGACAACCCGUUUAACUCAAAGUUGUCGCAACCCCAGUGCUUUAAUAAAAUGAUAAAUUUCGCUGGCGUAUUGAAACCGGUCGUUAAAAAAGCAAAUAUGACGCCAAUUGUUGUUUUUGUUCAAUAAUAAAAGACUAAUAAAAGAAUAAAUAUAAAACCAGAAAUUUCUCUCUUCAAACUGUAAGUUAUAAAUGAUCCUGAGAGAAUAUUCAGUGUGUUAAGGAUUUCCCUGCUGUACUGUUAGCUCUAUACAAGAGAGGAAGGGCGAUUCUUUUUUAAUUUCCGUUUCGCUGACACAGCUUUAGCAGAAAUCUCUCUUUAGUCGAAAUCGUGGACAAAACAAAUAGCAAUAUCGCUCUCCGCGUCUUCCGCCAUUUUUUUCUGCGUCAAUUCGUGAAGGACUCGUGGCUUUGAGCGUGGGUCAUCCACGCGGAACACAUUCGCGCUAUGUGAUUGGCUGUUUUCUAAUCCCCCUUGGGAUCUAUGGUCUUACAAAUAACUCGAAACAAAUUACCUAUGGAAUAGGGUGUGUAUGGCGAAUGCCUUCUCUGUCCGCUUUAUCCUCUCUUGGUUUACACGUAUAAAUUGCGGGUAGCGGGAGUUACACUGUAGUGAAAGGGCAAUCCCGCUGAUUUGGUUUAACUUCGGAUAUGCAUCUUUAGAACAAAACUUCAUGUGACCUUUAUCUUUUUCUAGGCUACCGUGUGUUCAAAUUUACGUUGUUCCUGGCUGGUUUUGCGGCAGGAUUUUUCUUUACUUAUCUUUUGUGUUCUGGAUAUUUGGUUGAUCAUCUUCCUGAGAAAGCUUUGGAACACAAGGAUCAGGUGCAGCAUAAUUUUGGAUGUAGUAGGACCGUUUCCUGGCUCCCACCCGGUCGUUACUAACCUGCGUCGUUGGCUGGAUUCUCGGUGUCCGGGGUACUUUCUCGGCGGUGGAGCCGCCGAUGCGAAGCGAGCAGAUCCCUUGACUUGAAGCCACUCUUCUCGCAGCUCUGCGGCGAAAACAGCACAGUACUCCCACGCUAAUCCCGCCAGCUGCGCAGGCUAGGUCGUUACUUAGGUCGUCGCACCCUCCCCCCGUUUUUCCGUUUUCACAGGGGAGGGGGGUGGGGGCUACACGCAGGAAUUCUGUCCAUUUCUUUUUUACUCAUUAACCUCUUUGGAAACCGGUAGGGGACUGGGGUCGAGUCAUUAAAUUAAUUUGUUAGUGUUUGUUGUGUAACAGUGAUUAACCAUCCGAUGAUGAUACUUUGAAGAGUUUGUUUACUGAAAGGAACCUGGCGGAUCAUAAGAGACGCAACGAUUUAUUUGUUUAUGACAAUCAAGCCGAAAUUUCAAUUGUGAUAAUUUUCUUCAGGACUUUUGAAAUCACCUUCGUUCUCUUUUCUUGAUUAAGGCCCUCGGUUCUUUUCCUUCUUCGUUUUUUAUUGAAGCCGUGAAAAACGAGGCCGGCGGUUUUUUCCCACUACAAUUCAUACCUUAUCAUCAAAUUAUGUAACCUCGCUCCUCACCCCUAGCAAUAGAUAAUAAGAAGACUAUUCUCUCUUGCCACAAAGGAAUGUCCAAAGUGGCGAGGAGUGAGGAGAGACGGCCGUAUUCGCAGGUUAUAUAUCCUGGGUACCAGAGGUUUUUUUCUCGCCUGCGGCAAAGCCGCGAGAAAAAACGCGCGGGUCACCCAAAAAGACUUGACAAUUAAGACUUGACCGAAACCGGAAACCGCCCAUGAAAAGCUAGGGUACAGGCUGUAUAACCCCUGUUGCAAUUUCAAAUCUUCUCAAAACUCCGUUGAGAUCACUGCGCGUGCGUUAAAUCGGUAUCCAUCUCCCACAACAAUCCAUCGUCCUCCUUCUGAAUCACAUGAUGUUGCUGAAAACGGAUGCCGUUAUGCUCAUUCUUUAUGAACGGCCUCUAAAUUUUACUAUUAAUAACGUCCAUAUUCGCAACCCCGUCCCCAGGGUCUUCUCAUUUUCCAUCCUGGUGCCCGUUUCUCAAAAGUCCCGUAAUCUUUCGGGCCAGAAAUCAAAUAUUCAAAUCAAAAUUUUAAGAAAAUAAGACGUGGUACGUAGCCAACAAACCUGUUCAUUUUGUUUUGUUGACUGAUAGGUUUAUCAUAUUAUCUGCAAAACUACUGAGACCUCUCUUUUGAAUAUAAACAGCGACAAUUUUGGGGGGCUGUUUAAUUAUCGGGACUUUAGAGAAACUUGCCCCUCGGGACGAGGUUGACAUACCGGUAUUCCUUAUCUAAUGAUGAAAAUAGUAAUAAAUAAUAAACCACGGUGCUCAUGAGUUUUUUUUUCUUUUUCAGAUAUUUCUCGGCGUCUCUCUCGGUGUUGGUAUAAUUGCUGGCCUAAUGACGCUGUGUGUUUUCUAUCUUGGACUCUUUGUCCUUGGUACGUAUGAUCUAAAGUUAGAUCCCAAAUCCUUAGCACCUUUUUCUUGACCCUAUUACAAAGUUGAAGCCGAUGGUAAUGAUUAACUGGAGUGCCUGCCGUUUUGUUUAGGAGCGACCAUGGGAUGGUUUGUUGGCAUGCUCCUUCUUCCUCUUAUGUACAAACAUGUUGAAUUCUUGUCUGAACACAACUGGGUUCCCUACAUUGUCCUUUUGGCAUUUGCCAUCGCUGGAGGAAUUCUCAUUAUUUGCAUACAGAAGGUAUGUUGUACAAAUUUAUCAAUUCAGUAACGCAGGUAUUAAUGCAGUUUCAUCUGCAGGUAGAACUGGUUCGAUAACUCUUCAUGGGUUCUUUUCUUUGUUGUUAAUGGUUGGCCCACUGUCCAUAAAAAUAGGGAACCGAGACCGGUAGGGCUUCACUUUAAUGCAACACCGAGUUUCGGGAGGAUUUGCGAGAUACCUAUGUCUAGUUUUUCACUGGAAGGAGCUUUUAAUGAUGGUUUCCUCUUUGAGGUAAAAUAAGUUCAGUGCUUAAGCGCACUAACUUUCGUGAGCAAUACGAUCAGGAACGCUCGGUCGGAGCUAUGGAACAGAUCAAUAGGGAGCUUUAGCAACGAAGACGGCGACGGCAACCAGGACGUCAAAAAAGCGAUAGGUUUAUUACACAAAACAACAACUUUGCACGUCCAUCACGCUUUUUUGUACACUUCUUCACCGUCCUUGCACGAUUACGACGUGAAAAUGCCUAAUUGCAAGUUUUCUGGAGGACGUAAACAAGCGACGACGAAUCUCUUUUUCUCUCUCUAAACUUUAGUGCGGUCCUCAAGAAAUCAACUCCAGGGAAAUUCGCCUACACUUGCCAUUUUCAGCAAAUUGGAAUAAACGCGACAAGGAUUGAAGAAACAGGAAUUCAUUUUAAAACUGACGUUUUCGCUGCCGUUGCCGUCUUCGAUGCUAAAGCUCCCUAAUACUUUCCUAAAAACCGUCCUUUCGAUAACAACCUAAAAAUAUGUUUGGUUUUUAAACUGAUCUAUCUCAGGUGAUCAUAGUCAUCUCUACAUCGUUUGUGGGAGCCUUCGCUGUUAUAACUGGGUUUGACUACUACUUGGAGAACAGCACCGCACUUUAUUACUCUGUCAACAUGUUGCAUGGUAAGUCAGUAUCCGUAAUAUAAAUUGACCAUACAAGACACGCACUCUGAUUGGAUGUCACGGCACUGGUUUUGAUUACUGUUUUGGAAAUUUGUGCCGUUCUUAGCUACUCCGUAAGAAACUCAAUAUCCUUACAUGGUUAGUAUCCUGAAAAGAAUCUGACCAUAAAAGGCAUGCACUCUGACUGGAGUUUACUGAGAUUGAUUUGAAAACUUAAGAUUGAGGUUUUUCGGCAUUUUUCGCGAACCGCGAACGUCAAGAAGUCACGUAACCAGGGCCUUGCCGUCAGGUUUGAGGUUUGAGGUUCACGUUUUUGCCCCUAGACCGCGCUCAAGAGUGAUUUACUGCAAGGUUUGUUACACCCUGAAACAUCACAAUUCCACGGUUGAGAACUCUUUUGCUCAUUUAUUAUCAAAUUCUGCUUCAAAAAACAGUAUGUUGAAAACAAUUUCUCAGUUAAAAUAGUUGUUAGUGGAUGAAGGAAGACAAACAUGGCAGCCGCGAGUUACCACCCGCGAAUCUUAAUUCCCAAAUAUUGGCAGACGGGUAACGUGAAACCGUUAACCCAGGGUUUUCAUUAAGAAUUCUAGUAGCAUGAGAAAGGUGUAACGUUACAGGAGAAUAUUUUGAAAGAGGCUCCUCAUCUGAGAAAAAAAAUAGUCACAGGCUACCGAACGUCAGCGGGAUAAUUUUUCAUAAUAAACGGAGAAUUCUCCGAUCUCCGAUGCCUAAUGAACACCCUGGUUAACCGCAAACCGCGGUUUGUCGUUUGAAGUAAAAUGACCAAACAUCGAUCUUAAGGUCUUUAUUACUAUUUGGAGAACUGUACCCAUCUUCACUCCUCUCUCAAGAAAUCAAUAUCCUUCAUGGUUAGUAUCCCCAGUAGAAUUUGACCAUGCAAAGUACAAAUAAGUACAAGUAUGUUUGCGAUUAUUGAUAAGACGUUUCACAACCACCACUUCAUUUCAACAAACUGUAACUACACUAUCCCUUCAUAAUCCACACCUUCCACUUCUCGCAUCUCAACCAACCCCCUAAAAUAUACAACGCCACUGUACUACUCACACUUCCCUAAUACACAUAAAUGAAACUUCACACACACGUAGUACAUCGACGCCCAAAUAUACGCUCCCAUAGCGUCCUCUUGUUCUGAUUGCUGCACGGAGAACUUCUCCGCGUUUUCACUGUUCUGUCAAUACGCUGCAUUGUAAGUUAACAAGGACGGGAAUUUCCAAGAACAUUUGACCAUUGUUAUUAUAAUUUUAUGAUUCUGUUUAAAUAUAUCCGUUUCAGAGUACAUACACUCAAGCGCGAAACCUUAUAGACUUGACCUCAAGUUAACUAACCGUCAGUUGCGUUAGCAACAGAAACAAUGGAUUUUAAGAUCGUCAAGCAUGUUUACUUCUGCCACAGUGUAAUAACAGAUGUUAUUUUCAUCGAAAGUUUGAGACACUAAUCUAGUUCCUUUUUAGCCAACCCAGUUUUAGUUACAGGUUUUAUUUGGAAAACUGUGUAAUGUUUUCUUUUUGGGAAGAAGAUAACAAGAAAAGUAAGAGAGAAAUCAGGACUUUAACCACAAUGCAGUCCAUGCGAACGUACUCAUUAUGGCGUACCGGUACUUUCCUCUUUUAUUGUUUAGGCCAUUAUGACAAGUCGGAAUUGCCACACUGUUGGUACACUUGGCUUAUGUUUUCAUUGAUUCCAAUCAUGUUUAUUGCUGGCAUGGUCGUGCAGCUUAAGAAGACUGGACAAGGCAGAGAUCAUAGAGAAGGUAAACUGAACUAGGAAAAUCUCAGCCCGAUCCCGACACACAAAGCCGGGCUAAAUUAGAGUUUUGAAAAGCGCCCCUGAGUCAGAUCUGGUCGGCCUCUCGACGGCCUGACCGCGCAUUUUGAAAAAGAAAUGUUAGUCUUUUCUCGAAAUUUUUACUGAAACUCGUCACUGCCGUACAUACCAUUCAGAAAUAAACUGAUCUGGUUGGAUAAGUGCCGUAACCUGGGGUUAAAUUUUAAUCCAGGUUUCAUUUUCUCUCACUUUUCAAGCACCUUAAGUCUUAAUUCUUAAAUUGGCAUUCUGGGGCUGAAUGGUCAAGCAAAGUAUGGGGAGAAAACGACUCAAACGUUGCGUAUUUUUAGUUCAACGUAAUUACGCUAUGCAACCAUCUCGUUAUUACAGUCACUUUUUGCUGGCCAGAACAAAAUUCCACUCAUUUUCUCACUUUACAACCACGUUAAUACGACCAGUCGAAUGCCUGUCGGUGGAUAAGUGAACCGGUUAACCAGAUGACAAAGCUUUUUUCUCAAAGUCUUUAAAGUACAUAUUAAAUUAAAAAAGCGUUUUACUGGUGUGUGUGAUGUCACAUGUCAGCCACAUUGAUAAUCGGAGUUAAAUUUUACUUCCGAUUCCGAGAUCUAAAAACCAUAGCACCAUAAUGUGAUAUGCAACCCCGUAAAUGCGAUUAACCCGUUAACACGACGGAAUUUUCAUGGCCUAAACUUGGUCGUAUUCUCGUGUCAACAAAAAGAAUAUGAAAUGGAGAAGACAUCAAAGAUGUCAGGCUGGUUCAAGCGUAAUUUUUUUCCCAAGAGCGUUGCCGCGUCAAAUUUUUGAAUUGUCGACGCGUCAAAUCAAUACCAGGACUGAUUUCAAGUGCGAGAUGGGAAUGAGGGAAUGGAUGGGUGGAAGGCGUUGUGCUAGUGGAGCAGUGACAGAAACGUACUAGAUUUUGUUCAGCAGAUAAGCUCUUCCUAACUCUUCUCGUCCACUUUUUUUCAUCCUCGCUGAACUAUCUUUUUUUUAUUUGUACUCACACAGCCUAUUCGAGAAGAUCACGUGUUCCUUUCAUGGGAACUCGCAUGGAUGAAUUUUCAGACCAGGUAAAUGUUUAGCUUUUUAUUUUGUAAGGGGAGGGCAUACCGUUACGCCUAUCAUAAAGCAUUUUCAUGAAACAUUUGUUUUGUACCAGUGCAGAACUAGAAUAUACCGGACCAUACUAUGGUUCGGCGUUUUCCGUGCGCCGAUCUUAGGAUGGUAUUUGCUGUUUUCUUCUACUUUGGUGAAUAAUAGUUAAUUUGUUAUCCAUUUUAGUAGCGACCGAGAUAAGACCAGCAGUUAAGCAUUUUUGUUUUAUUCAUCAUUGUUGAUUUGUAAUUUCAUUUGUUUAUUUCAGCGACCCCUUGUAACAGCCGAGGAGUAGCCAGUAUAUAGUCAAAGUACAGUAAAACCUCUGUUUAUAAAAAGUAGCCUGCGUAGCAGGCCUUAAA